AUGUCCAAACGCCCCUCAGAUGCUAGCCAGCCUGGACACAGGAAAAAGAGACAAAUGCAUUCAAAGGGACAAAUCAAGAACUAUAAAUCAUCUCUUGGGGGGAUUCCUUCGCGCCGAGUCAUCGAUGGCCCUGGAAUAUGGGCUAUGACAGUCAAAGGGAAAGAAAAGCAAGCGACCAACGAGCUAUAUGAAAUCAUUGAAUUGAUAUCUGAUCGACUUUGGCCCAAACCCGUGCCUACGACAGAGGCUGUUACUGAGGCUGACGAAGAGGAAGAGGAAGGUGAUGAAGACAUCGAGAAGCAGCUAGCUAAGGAGCUGUCAGAUAUCAACAAACCAAAACCUAAAGAUUCCACAGACCGUCGAAUAGCAAUAUGCCCAACCGAUACUGCAUGCGUCAUCUAUAUCGCGACCAAACUACCGAUAGAUCCUGUCCAGGUAGUACUUCAGCAUAUGGAACAAGUAACGCAGACAGGAGUAUCAGGAACCAGGGCACUUGUUCGCUUGGUACCAGCAUCAGGCAUUUGUGCAGCAAAUAUGCCAGCAAUUACCCUACUGGCCACUGAGUUGUUUACCAAGCCAUUUGGAGAAGAAAUUGUAGAACCCAAAAAAUACAAAAUUGAGUUACGGGUACGAAGCCACAAGGUCCUCACUCGAGACGAAGUCAUCAAAGGCAUUGCUCAAUGCGUACCAUCGGACAAAGGCCAUACGGUCGAUUUGACAAACCAGGAUACCACUAUUUUGGUAGAACUGUUCAAGGGCAUUUGUACCAUAGCGGUCGUUUCUGACUAUGAAAAGUACAAACGAUUCAAUGUCGUACAAAUAGUGCAGGAAGAGCACAAGAAAAAGGGUGAGCAGGCCGGAGAUGAAUCCUCGCGGGUAGCACAGGCAGCCCCAGUUAAAGCAUAA